GUCAAGCGGAGGCAAGCUCAGAGCGCACGGAGAGCGCGGUAGCGCGCGCGCGCGCGUUCUUAGUGCCCUCCCCGGUGACGUGCCUGGCCGGGGCCGCGCCAGGGCGCUGUUGCUGCCAAUACAGCUGUCAUGGCGUCCGAGGCGCUGGCUGCGGAGAACUGGCCGCGGUCUCCAUAGAGCUGGGGGCGGGCGGCCCGGUAUGGAGAGCAGCCCCGAGAGCCUGCAGCCGCUAGAACACGGGGUGGCGGCCGGGCCAGCGUCAGGGACAGGUUCUUCGCAGGAAGGGCUACAAGAGACCAGGCUUGCCGCUGGUGAUGGUCCUGGGGUAUGGGCGGCGGAGAGCAGCGGCGGGAAUGGGCUGGGGGCGGCGGCCGCCAGCAGGAGCCUCCCGGACUCGGCUUCUCCCGCGGGCUCUCCUGAGGUUCCCGGACCUUGCAGCUCCUCCCCGGGUUUGGACUUGAAGGAUAGUGGUGUGGAGAGUCCUGCUGCCGCCGAGGCGCCUCUGAGAGGGCAGUACAAGGUGACCGCCUCCCCGGAGACAGCCGUGGCCGGAGUGGGUCAUGAGUUGGGUCCCGCCGGAGACGCGGGAGACCGCCCGGAUCUCGCCGGCACCUGCCAAGCAGAGCUGACGGCCGCCGGCUCCGAAGAGCCCAGCAGCGCCGGCGGCCUCAGCAGCAGUUGCAGCGACCCGACCCCUCCUGGGGAAUCGCCGAGCCUGGACUCUCUGGAGUCGUUCUCUAACCUGCAUUCUUUUCCCAGUAGCUGCGAGUUCAAUAGUGAGGAGGGAGCGGAGAACAGGGUCCCUGAGGAGGAGGAGGGCGCGGCGGUGUUGCCCGGGGCUGUUCCUCUGUGCAAGGGGGAGGAGGAGGAGGAGGAGACCGCUCAGGUGCUGGCGGCCUCCAAGGAACGCUUCCCGGGACAGUCUGUAUAUCACAUCAAGUGGAUCCAGUGGAAGGAAGAGAACACACCCAUCAUCACCCAGAAUGAGAACGGACCCUGCCCCUUGCUGGCCAUCCUCAAUGUUUUGCUCCUGGCCUGGAAGGUGAAACUUCCACCGAUGAUGGAAAUCAUAACUGCUGAGCAGCUGAUGGAAUAUUUAGGAGAUUACAUGCUUGAUGCAAAGCCAAAAGAAAUUUCAGAAAUUCAACGUUUAAAUUAUGAACAGAAUAUGAGUGAUGCCAUGGCAAUUCUGCACAAACUACAGACAGGCCUGGAUGUAAAUAUUGAUGACAUCGUAAAAGCUGUUGGUAACUGCAGCUACAACCAACUAGUGGAGAAGAUCAUCUCUUGUAAACAGUCAGACAAUAGUGAGCUGGUUAGUGAAGGCUUUGUAGCUGAGCAGUUUCUAAAUAACACAGCCACUCAACUGACAUACCAUGGAUUAUGUGAACUAACUUCAACGGUUCAGGAAGGAGAACUUUGUGUGUUCUUUCGGAAUAAUCAUUUUAGCACCAUGACCAAAUACAAGGGUCAACUGUAUUUGUUGGUAACGGACCAGGGGUUUCUUACUGAAGAAAAAGUUGUUUGGGAAAGCCUACACAACGUAGAUGGUGAUGGAAAUUUCUGUGACUCAGAAUUUCGUCUUCGGCCUCCUUCAGAUCCUGAAACUGUAUACAAAGGACAACAAGAUCAGAUAGAUCAGGAUUAUCUUAUGGCAUUAUCUCUACAACAAGAACAGCAGAGCCAAGAGAUCAAUUGGGAACAAAUCCCAGAAGGAAUCAGUGAUUUGGAACUAGCAAAGAAACUCCAAGAGGAAGAGGACAGACGGGCUUCUCAAUACUAUCAGGAACAGGAACAAGCAGCAGCUGCUGCUGCUGCUGCUUCUACACAGGCUCAGCAGGGCCAGCCAGCACAAGCCUCUCCAUCAAGUGGAAGACAAUCUGGGAAUAGUGAACGUAAACGGAAGGAACCGCGAGAAAAAGAUAAAGAAAAAGAAAAGGAAAAAAAUAGCUGUGUUAUUUUGUAACAAGUGUUGGCUUCUGUUGGAACCACCUAUAUGUCUUGAGAAACAAAACCACAGGAGGAAAGGAAGAAAACCCGAUCAAUACCGUCUGUGCCUGAUUUCCCAAUGGAUUUUGUUCAUGUUUUUUCAGGGGAAAGGUUGUUACUUAGUUACAAUCAGACUUUUUCAAGUCACACAAUACACUCUUUAUGAGCUGGAGUUUCGUGUUACAAGUUGGAAAUGCUGUGUGUUGUCAUUCAUGAAAAACACUGCACUUGUAGCCAGAUAAGCAAAUCACAGCAAAUUUUGUGUCAUAGUGACAUUCAUAACUCAUAUCAGUUAGUAAGCUAUUAUAUCUUCUGUUCUAACAAUGAAUGGAGGUAAUUGAUUUAGUCUGAUUCCUUCCUGAAAUCUAAAUAUUAGCACAAUAGUUUCUGAAAUUUUACAAUGUUAAAUUAUGAUCUAAUCCAUGAGAAACCACGGGUUUAACAUAGGGAUUCAAAAAAAAAAAAAACAAAAACAAACAAAAUAAUAGGAAUAAAUAACCCUUAAUUGUAUAUUGGACUAGUUCAGCCCUUAAACAGCUUUACCUUUAUUUAGGAAUGUACAUUUUAGGUAUUAUCUUGAGAAUUGAUCAUGGAGCUUAGAUUUAAUUUAGAUAGCAAAAAUAAAGAUUUGUAUUUCUUUUCCAAUAGCAAAAGGUUGCAUAACACUAAUACUUAUAACCUAUCAAUAUCAGAUAUUAAUGACUUUGUAGUGUUGUAAAAUUUUGAGGAAUUUUGGAGUCUUUAUCAUAGGUAACCUGGACCACAGUUACUAUUUAUUGGCAAUGUGAUUGAGUAUAUGGAGGAAAGCACAGUGGAUGCUAGGCCUUGUAAAUAUGGGGAUGUAGAAAAGUAGAUAGUUCAGUGUCUACCUUUUUCUAGUAUUACCUUGAACCUUAAAUUUUAAGUCAUGUUUAUUGCUAGAAAAUUAAAUGUACUUAUUAAAACCAAUGAAAAAGCACAUUUCUGAAAGGAAGUUAGAGAUAAUCUCUGUGUCUUAUGAAAAGACAUUAAUAAAAAUCUGAGAGGGCCGGGCGCAAUGGCUCACACCUGUAAUCCCAACACUUUGGGAGGCCAAGGCGGGCGAAUCACCUGAGGUCAGGAGUUCACGACCAGCCUGACCAACAUGGUGAAACCCCAUCUCUACUAAAAAUACAAAAGAUCAGCCGGGCAUGGUGACGGGCGCCUGUAGUCCCAGGUACUCAGGAGGCUGAGGCAGGAGAAUUGCUUGAACCCGACAGGCGGAGGUUGCAGUGAGCCGAGAUCGCACUGCUGCACUCCAACCUGGGCAACAAAGCGAGACUCCAUCUCAAAAAAAAAAAAAAAAAAUCUGAGAGUAGCUAAGAAUUUGGAGGAAUUAAUGUAAAAGCAAUCAGAGUUUUUAACGUAUGGGAACCAAAUAAAACUAUAACCUCUUAUAGUGUUUAUAGAACUCAGAAAUACUAUUUAUUUAACUUUAUUAUGAGGCCACACAUAUUUUCCUGUGUUUCUAUAUAUAGUUUGGAAAACUGUCCUCAAUAGUCUGUUUUAUAUGCCUUAUAUUUAAAAGUUUGUUUUAGUCAUUUUGAAAGACUAUUGCUGCUGCAAAUAGUUGUGUACUUUACAUUCUAAGCUUCAGUACAUUUCUUUAUUUAAGAGCAUCAUAAUCUGACCUGAGCAUCCACUUGGAGAAUGUUUUUUUGUGUGUGUGGUCUAGGGUGACAAAAGACCACAGAAAUGUGUGGUCUGGAUUUUUUCAACUACGUCAUUAACUUUAUGAUCCUAGACCAGUUAUAGGAUGAAUCUAUAUGUAAAAAUAAAGUCUUAUUUAUGGAAGGAAUUAUUCUAAGGGAAAAAUCCAGGGUCAAGCUGUAUCUUUUAUGUCCUCUAUAUUGCAUGUCUAUUUCUGUUACACAAUUCGUUAUUUCUUCAAAUUUCCUAUGGUAGUAUGAUAAAUCAUCAAAGAACCUGUUUGGGAUAUAAAACUCUGAUAGAAAAUAUUUCAUGAGUAUCUUGAUUAUAACCUAGAAUAUAUAUACAUUAGUAAUAAUAACCCGAUAUACUGCAGAACUCUCUAUUGGCUCAAACAGGUUGACCUCAAUCCAAGUUUACUCUUGAUAUCACUAUUGGCUGAAGGUGGAAACUCAAACCUCAGGGUUUGUUUUUCUCGGGACAGAUAGUAGUGAUAGUGCAUUAUAUUUUAAUAAGAAAAACCAGUAAACCUUGAGAAAUUUUAAAAAGCAUAGUUGAAGCAUAUUUUUUCAUAAUUAUAUACUUAUCUAUUUAUUGCCCACGGAAAAUAUAUGUGUAGAAGUAUUUCUUCUGUUAUUUGUUACUAUCUUCUUAAUUUGUUCCAAAGAAAAUACUGCCAUACUGCAUUCCCUCUGGAAGGAAACAAAACAAAACAAAACUUACUCAAAACCAGCAGUGCUGCUAUCAGAUAAGUAGAUGUCAAUAUAUACUUACGAGGAAAAACUAAAAAAUGUAAUGUGUUAAUUCAGCCUUUUUCUAUGUAAUAUUUCCAAGUCAGACUUUCUUACAUUCCUGGAAUUUAGUUUGAUAUACCAAGAAUAAUAAUGAUAAAAUGUUUGCUUUGAUUACUGUGGGGGGAAAAAUGAAAUGUAAAUUGUAUUAAAACACACAAACUUUUCAGAGAUACUGGUUUCCUGUCCUUAAAGGGUAUAAAGAAUUUAGAUCAUGCCUGUAAUCCCAGCACUUUGGGAGGCCGAGGCAGGUGGAUCAUCUGAGAUCAGGGGUUCGAGACCAGCCUGGCCAACAUGGUGAAACCCUAUGUCUACUAAAAAUACAAAAAUGAGUCAGGCAUGGUGGUGGGCACUACUUGGGAGGCUGAGGCAGGAGAAUCGCUUGAACCCAGGAGGCAGUUGUUGCAGUGAGCUGAGAUCACGCCACUGCACACCAGCCUGGGCAAUAGAGCGAGACUCCGUCUCAAAAAAAAAAAAAAAAUGUAGCGCUACUGUGUCUUUAUUUUCUUAAAUUCUGCCCAAGGUAACAUUAUAUAUCCAGCCAUUUCAUUGCUGGUUUGGGUACAUAGGAUUUUGAUAGUGGUAUAUUAAAGUCUCUCCUUCCAAGUAUUUUGUAAUACUUGGAAAUUAUUAGAUAUAUACUGCUAACAAAAGUUAGAACUUAAACAUCUUUGUUUUUAUCAUUUAUAGCCUAGAUUAGGGACACAUUUGCAUCCAGCACAUCAUCGUUAGAUUUGAAAAUAGGCAGAUGAAUGAACAAAUAUGGUCACUGCACUGUCCUUUUACUUUCCGAGUCUAAGUAUAUUCCUUAAGGUUAGUAACCAGAGUCGUUAUUGAAAAUCUAAAAUUUUUCUUCAUGUCUAAUCCCACUGCAUCCACAAUGCUGUGAUCUGUAGUACAUGAUCAACACUUACUGUACGUGUGUGUUUCUGAAGCAAGUUAUCAGGACCUCUGUUAGAGUCUCAAAAGAAUUCACAACUUCCCUUCAAUUUAAGAAUCACCAUUUUAAGAAUACAUGUGUACAUAUACACAUUAAGCAGUAUGAGGCAGCUAAAAUUGGCAUUGGUUUUACACUGGUCCAGUGUGCUUAGGUAAAGUAACUUCUUCCGUGUUUCAAGGUCAGGUUCAGAGUUGAAUGAAGCGUAGAUUUAAGUUUAGGAUUAGGCUUUGGAAUAUAUCUUGUUUUUAAUGUCUCAUAUUUCUGACUACUUAUCCCAUAUUAUGUGUCAAAUUCUCAUAUUUCAAGUUCUUUCUCAUACUUCUUGAUCUUGGCUUAACUAAAGAAGUUAAUAUCAGAGACUAGUUGACCAAACCCAAGAUUAACCAUUUUGCACUUGCACAAAACCUUCUUAGCAUUUUGCUUUCAAUGAAUCAGAAAGUCAGUUCACUAAGAGAUGGAUCAUGAGAGGAAAGAGAACUAGAAGUCCAAUAAAUAAGAAAAUAAUUAUUCAUAUAUUAACAUUGACAUGUGAACUACAUAUCUAAAAUCUUGCUGGAGAAAAAUCAAGGCAAGAAUUUCCAGAACUGUCUGCAAAUAGCUCAUUUAUUUAAGUUUUGUUAAAAAGCAAAAGUGUGGCCGGGCGCGGUGGCUCAAGCCUGUAAUCCCAGCACUUUGGGAGGCCGAGAUGGGCGGAUCACUAGGUCAGAAGAUUGAGACCAUCCUGGCUAACACGGUGAAACGUCUCUACUAAAAAAUACAAAAAUACUAGCUGGGCGAGGUGGCGGGCGCCUGUAGUCCCAGCUACUCGGGAGGCUGAGGCAGGAGAGUGGCGUGAACCCGGGAGGCAGAGCUCGCAGUGAGCUGAGAUCCUGCCACUGCACUCCAGCCUGGGCGACAGAGCGAGACUCCAUCUCAAAAAAAAAAAAAAAAAAAAGUGAAUUGAUUUACAUUUGAUUAACUUUUCCUAUUCCAUGCACUAGUUAUUUUAAAACAUGAUAAAAACCUUCUGGGCAUUACCUAUCACACAGUACUUAUGCAUAAACUUAGUAAAAUUACUAAUGUUUGAUAAAAUAAGAUGGAGGCAUAACGAAUAGUCUAUAAUUUGUAUUUUAAGGAAUUGGACAUGAACAAUUCUAGAUCAUUUUGUGUCUAUAAACCUGACUUUCUAUCUUGCCUUGGGCAAACUUUCUGUGCCUCAGUGUACUCUAAAUAUGUGAAGGAUGCUCUUUUUGAUUAAGUGUUUUGCACUCCUGAAUAAAGGGCAUAGUAUAAGCACAAAGUAUGACUUAAAUUAUCACAAAUAUUACACAUCCUAUGUUCUUCAGUGUGCACACUUUUUUCUCAAUAACAAAAUUUAUCUUGUCAGUUUUUUUUAAUGCUGUCAAAAUUUGUAGUUUCUUUGAGUAUGGCAUCAUCUCUUCCCAAAUGCAUUUUACAGUUGCUUUUGUGUUCUAUAGACUAUAGAGUCAAAAUCAAGAGUAUUUUGGGAGGAUCAGAAGCAUUUAAAAAUCUAUUUUUUUCUAGUAUCUUUCACAGAUCUAAAUAUUUAGAUUCUCUUUGCCUUUUUCUCCAUGAAAUAAAGUACAGUGGUAUAAAAUUACUAAUACAGUAUAUAACCUUUGUUUGCAUUGGUGGAAUUCAUUUAGAUCUCUUAAGUGCUAUUAUUUUAGGGCUAUAUAAACUGUGUUUUUAGUGUAAAAUGUUAUUUGAUAAUGUGAAGUUAAAUCCCUUUUAGAAAGUGACUGAAAAUGGUAAAGGAACUCGACAGAAUCUUAGAGUUCUUAGGUUCUCUGAUUUAGUAUCUUUUAUUAAUGAUGUCCAACACCUCUAAGACUGUUGAGAAAACAUGAAGAAUUGAGGUUACUCUUCUCAGGUGACACUUUAAAUAUUAAAAUCAGAGGCUUCCUGAACAAAACAAAUUGCAAAAUAGAGACAAUAACAUGAGAGAGGCCAAAUGCAGGACUCUGGUAAAUUUAACUUAUUUUGAAUAUCUUAUCUAAAUUUUAGUUCAUGCAUGUUCUUACUUAAUCCUGGUGUUUCUGCUGUUAGAUGUUAGAGUUUAAUAAAUUGUGAUAUGCAUAUAUUUUUUUACAUGAAGGAUUCUAGUUUCUAAUUUUACUUUUCUGAUCUCAAAAAAAUUAAACUUGAAAAACAGGGUAAAAUUCUUCAACUAUUGCCUCAAGUUCAGUUUUGUCCUAUUGUCCUGAAAAAGGAGAUUUAGACUUGUCUGCCUAACAGGUAUUUUUUAGGGCAUGGUACUAUCCCAGAGAAAGUGUUGAGAUACCAUGGCAGAAAUAUAAAAUCUAAGCUUUGAACCCCAGUAGACUUCUUAUUCUGCCAGUAAGUCUCUCUACUGUAUCUAAUAUUCUAAGGAUUUCUUCAAACCACUUAAUAAUUUGUCACCAUUAACUUUAAUAUCCGGUUUUAAUCUGCACUGUAAUAUCCUGCUUUGAGAAGAAUGCCUCAUAAAUCAGGGAAGUACAAAACAAAAUGUUUUGGAAGGUGAUCCUGGCUCCUUUGGCUCUCAUAAUUGUUUUAUAACUGUAAAUAAAAAGUCAAGAAACUGGCCUGCCGCAGUGAUUCAUGCCUGUAAUCCCAGCACUUUGGGAGGCCGAGGUGGGAGAAUCACCUGAGGUCAGGAGUUCAAGACCAGCCUGGCCAACAUGGUGAAACCCUGUCUCUACUAAAAAUACAAAAAAAAAAAAAAAAAAUAGCAGGGUGUGGUGGCAUGUGCCUGUGAUCUCAGCCACUGGGGAGGUUGAGGCACAAGAAUCACUUGAUCCUGGAAGGCAGAGGUUGCAGUGAGCCAAGAUUGCCCUACUGCACUCCAGCCUGGGUGACAGAGCAAGAUUCUGUCUCAAAAAAAAAAAAAAAAAAAGUCAAGAAACUGAAAUUCUCAGUUAAGUUCUCAAAUCGGUGACCUGUCAAAAUAGGCCUUGUAACUGAAAUACCUUACGAAGCAGUUCUAACUAAUGCAAUGUGUUUUUAAAAAAUGUUUAAUGAACCUUACAUUGUGAACAUAAUUGCAACAUGUUUUAAGACUUAACAGUAUUUAAUCCUUGAAGACCUGUCUUGUAUGUCUCUCAAUUUUGUCAGAAUUUUUAUUAUUGUUUUUCACAUAUGUGAAAUAAGCAUUUUUUUCAGGGUAUAUAGAGUAUCUUUGUUUUACAUAUUUUUAAAGAUGAGUUUUUGAAAAGCCCUCAGAGGUUUUUGUUAAAAGACUAUCUUGCUUAAUAAAUGACAACUUGUUACAGAUUCACACAUUACAAGUAGGACAAUAUAACAGGAGAUUGGUGUAUGACUGCCUCACAGCAGUCAGCAAAAGGGAUCAUGUUUGCUUGUGAAACUUCAGAGGUACCCUGAAAGUCAUUUCCUGAAGCUAGUGCAUGUGAAUCUUUUUCCUUGAAUUGUGCAGAAUAAUUGGAUUGAGGCACAUAUUUUGAGGAGUAGCAAGUGGAAUGGUAUAAUGACUACAGAGAAAAUUAUCUUGAAAUAUAGCAAGGAAGAGAAAUAAGUUUUCUUUCUCCACUUUAUUGUUGGACUAAUUGGGUCAAUUUGCUGUGACAUAGCAAAGAUCUCUUUGUGCCAGUCCAAGAUUGGCUACUGAGUUCUCAAAGCGUUUAAAUAUAUAGAUUGCAUAUGAGUGCCUAUUUUUUCCUCCUUUCAUUUUCUGUCUUAAUACCCUUUUUACUUCUGAAAUAAUUAAUCUGUUUUGCUUUAUGACCAGCUUUAAUUUCAACUGAGGAAUAAUAGCAAUCCUAGAGAUUCAUAGGAAAGAGCAUUGAAAAACAUUUUUUGAAUAAAGAUACCUAAACCAUCUACCCAGCUUAGGGUUGAACUGAAUUUCUGUGAAAUAAAUUUGUUUUAAAUACUAAUUAUUCUAAAACUACUUAAUUCUUAAAAACAGUGUCUUCAGUUUCAAAAGUUUCACUUUGGGAGGAUAUUCCUAAAAAGGCAUACAUAGAUGGUAAAAUAUAAAAUAUUUCUGACAGAAUUAUUCAGUAUUAUUCAACAUUUACUUUCAUGUUUGUUAUUGUACCACAAAGAUAGUGUCAUUGUUGGAUUAAAAUGUUGGCUGUUUUUGUUAAUAUACUUAAAACUGUAACCAGUGAAUAACACCUGUAGUAUUUUUUAUUAUAGAUUAUAUUUUAUUUCAAUAAACUUUGAUAUUUAGACCAAA